AUGUCUCCCUUCCCUCCGUCUCACUUCCCUUUUUCCCCCAUCGGUUCCCCCUCCCACUCCUCCCUUGCCUCUCGUCUCCCUUCCUCUCUUCUCCCUCUGCCCCUACUCUCCCGUCGCUUCUCGCCCUUAUCCCCGCACACGUCCUUCUCCCUUCCCUCCCUUCUCUCACUGAACCCCCUCUUCCCUCCAGUCCCCGCUUUUUCCAUUUCCUCUCAUUUCCUCCCUUCCCCCUCUCAGCCCCUCCCCCCCUCCCUCUCAGCCCCUCUCCUCCUUUCCCCAUCAGCUCUCCUCCUUUCCCCAUCAGCUCUCCUCCUUUCCUCUCAGCCCCUCUCCUCCUUUCCCUCUCAGCCUCUCUCCUCCUUUCCCUCUCAGCCCCUCUCCUCCUUAUCCUCUCAGCCCCUCUCCUCCGUUCCCUCUCAGCCCCUCUCCUCCUUUCCCUCUCAGCCCCUCUCCUCCUUUCUCUCUCAGCCCCUCUCCUCCUUUCCCUCUCAGCCUCUCUCCUCCUUUCCCUCUCAGCCCCUCUCCUCCUUAUCCUCUCAGCCUCUCUCCUCCUUUCCCUCUCAGCCCCUCUCCUCCUUUCUCUCUCAGCCCCUCUCCUCCUUUCCCUCUCAGCCCCUCCCCCCCUCCCUCUCAGCCCCUCUCCUCCUUUCCCCAUCAGCUCUCCUCCUUUCCUCUCAGCCCCUCUCCUCCUUUCCCUCUCAGCCUCUCUCCUCCUUUCCCUCUCAGCCCCUCUCCUCCUUUCUCUCUCAGCCCCUCUCCUGCUUUCCCUCUCAGCCCCUCUCCUCUGUUCCCUCUCAGCCCCUCUCCUCCUUUCCCUCUCAGCCCCUCUCCUCCUUUCUCUCUCAGCCCCUCUCCUCCUUUCCCUCUCAGCCUCUCUCCUCCUUUCCCUCUCAGCCUCUCUCCUCCUUUCCCUCUCAGCCCCUCUCCUCCUUUCCCUCUCAGCCCCUAUCCUCCUUUCUCUCUCAGCCCCUCUCCUCCUUUUUCUCUCAAGCAGCCUCUCUCUUGUAG